GCGCAGUCUGUGCCGGCCUGGCUCUGGUCCCGGUACGCGAUGGUCGCCGCCCUAACGUGUGUGGCCAAAACGUCCCCGCCUUCCCGGAACGAGGGGUCACGGGGUCCGCGCGGGCCGGGCGGGGCCAAAGACCCAGGAGAAUCUGACCCGAACCCACCAGGCUCGGGGGGUGGAGUCGCCGAAGGCCUUCCGAGCUCGUCGCGGGGUGUAUGGGCGCCGGUGAGGGGCUGCGCACGCGCGUGGCCGGUUCUGAGUGUGGCCGUGACUCCGGCGGCGUGUGCGUGGGGCCCCGCGCGGACCCCGGCGGCGUGCGUCCUCCUCGGGCCUGUGUCUGUGCACUGGGACAGCUCUGCCCAUGUGUGACUUUGGGCAGGUGUGGAACUUGCCUUCCUGGGUAGGAGGUGUGCAAUUCCACGUGUGUGUCCGGGUGUGCAGCGCAUAGAAUGUUCCGGUGGGUGUGUCUGCCAGCGUGGAGCUGGGCGGCCUCGGUGUGCCUGGGCGUUACUCUGCAUGUGGGGCUCUGCAGUCUUCACAGCAUGUGUUUCUGUGCACGGGAGACCCUGCACGGGUGUGACUUAGGGCGCUUGUGAAGCUCUGCCCACCAGGUACACUGCGUGUGUCCUGGUGGCCAGUGCGUGGCCUGCCUGUGGAGCAAGGCGGCGUGUGUGAUCUGUGUGACUCCGUGUGCAUGUUAUGUGACAUGUAUCUACACCUGAAAGUGUCUGUGACUCCCCUUUGGCUGCCUGUGUAAUCCCGGGUUUACACCCCAGCCCACUUAUCCUCCCCCCGCGCCGAGGAAACAGCCUGCAGAGGGGAAGCCACCCCGCUGCGUUGGCCCCAGCAUCUCCCUACACAGGCCUGUUUCUUUCUCCCGCCGAUGCCUCUGGACCAUCUGAGGUGUGAUGGCCAGAGCAGAGGCUCCAACCUGAGUGGCAUGGACCAGACCUGAUGCUCCCAAGACCACGAGAUCGCACGCUGCAGAGGUGAAAUUGAGGCAGCCCCUGGAGGAGCAGGAAUGGAAGCACCCUUGGGGGUCUCCGCCCCCCAGGGCCCUGAGCUGGAAGACACCUGGAAACACAAGGGUCAGUCCAGGGACCCGCAGGAAAACCAGGAAAGCUGUUUGAAGCAAGAGGCUGUGGCCCCCGAAUCAGACCCAGUCGGGGACGGCGUGGAGCAUGGCGACCUCAGAGGAGCCCCAGGAGGCCAGUCGCAGCCUGCGGCUCCCCCCACGCAGGGCAGGCCCCAGAGGCGCAGUGUGCCCACCAAGCGCCCCGCACCAAAGUGUGCAGACGCCCCCCGGGAGGAGCCGGGUGGCGGCCCCAGGAAGCCAUGGAAGUGUGAGGCCUGCGGCAAGGCCUUCAGCUACUGCUCCGCGUUCAUCCUACACCAGAGGACGCACACUGGGGAGAAGCCGUUUGCCUGCGCCGACUGCGGCAGGGCCUUCAGCCAGAGCGUGCACCUGACGCUGCACCGGCGCACCCACACCGGCGAGCGGCCCUACGCCUGCCCCGAGUGCGGCAAGGCCUUCAGCCAGGGCUCCUACCUAGUGUCGCACUGGCGCACGCACACGGGCGAGCGGCCGCACCGCUGCACCGACUGUGGCAAGGCCUUCGCGCGCCCCACACACCUGGCGCAGCACCGGCGCGUGCACACAGGCGAGCGGCCCUUCGCGUGCAGCCAGUGCGCCAAGGCCUUCCGCAACCGCUCGUCCUUGCUGGAGCACCAGCGCAUCCACACCGGCGAGAAGCCGUUCGCGUGCACGCAGUGCGACAAGGCCUUCCGCUUUUCGUCGGCGCUCAUCCGCCACCAGCGCACGCACACGGCCGAGCGGCCCUACGCGUGCGGCCAGUGCGCCAAGGCCUUCACGCAGAUCGCGCACCUCGCGCAGCACCGGCGCGUGCACACAGGCGAGAAGCCCUACACGUGCCCCGAGUGCGGUGCGCCCUUCAGCCAGAGCGCCUCGCUGGCCGAGCACCGGCGCAUCCACACGGGCGAGAAGCCGUACGCGUGCGAGCAGUGCGGCAAGGCCUUCACGCAGGUCUCGCACCUGAGUCAGCACCAGCGCGUGCACACGGGCGAGCGGCCCUAUGCGUGCCAGGACUGCGGCCGCGCCUUCAGCAACCGCUCCCACCUGGUGCAGCACCACCUGGUGCACACGGGCGCCAAGCCCUACAAGUGCCUGGAGUGCGGGGCCGCCUUCAGCCACGUGUCCUCGCUCAUCGAGCACCAGAAGAUCCACACGGGCGAGAAGCCCUACCGCUGUGCCGAGUGCGGCAAGGCCUUCAGCCAGGGUUCGUCCCUCACGCUGCACCAGCGCACGCACACGGGCGAGCGGCCCUACGCCUGCCCCGAGUGCGGCAAGGCCUUCAGCAACCGCUCCUACCUGAUCCAGCACCACAUCGUGCACACGGGCGAGAAGCCCUAUGAGUGCGGCGGCUGCGGCAAGGCCUUCAGCUUCUCCUCCGCCCUCAUCCGCCACCAGAGGACGCACGCCGACAGGAAGCCUCGUGCGGCCAGUGCAGGGACACCUUUGCCCGGGGGCCACACCUGCCUCGACACCUGAGCGCCCACGGGGAGAAGCCUGUUGGCAGGAGCGACCGUGCCGACAGCGUGCAAGCUGACGCGUGACAGGGCAUCCUAGCCAGGCGCUCUGUUGAGCGUUUCUGGCCGGGUGGCACUGUCGGAGAGAUACCCUGCCUCCCCAUCCUGCCUUGCAAGAAGACUGAGGCUCAGAAAACCUCGGUGACUUGCCCGCGGUCCUGCAGGGAGGUCAGGGGGCUGAGACUGGCCCCCACAUCUGCCAGACAUACCACCACCACCACCACCACCUCCCUGGUUCAGAAUUAUAAAUGCCGCCGUGAAUGCAGACCCAAGGAGCAUCUGUGGGCCUUGUAAUUGUUAUGACUGAGUAGGUGUUUGCUCAAUACAUUUAACUGGAUCAGAUUCUGCUCCCCCGGUGAGGUCGGCCUGUUAACCAAGGGAGCAGGGUCCAAAGAAGAGAAGCCGGUCCACUAGGACCAGAAUGGUGCUCCCCAAAUUAGAGAAAGUGAAUGGAGAAAUCCAGAGCAGGAAAAGGUCUGAAAGAGAGUGCCCGUCCCCACAAAGGGCGACCUUUAGAGCGGACCACAGCCUGCUUCCAGUGAGGAGACACCUUCCCCGGCCCCAGCUUUCUCCCCCUUACUGAGCCCUGACUUCUGUGGAGAUUCAGCAGCUGUGCAUUCAACAUCUCCCGUCCUGGGUGGUCCUGCAGGCCUGGGCCAGGCUGGGCUGCCGUUGGCUGGAUGGUCAUGCAUCUGUGGUCAGCUGAGGGUUGGGGACUGGCUGGUCCAGGAGGGCACAGCUGGGCCGGCCCAGCCCUCCCCCUCGGGACUCACAUCCCACCUGGGCGUGCACACACGGCUGCAGCAGGGAUUUGGGAGAGUGCACGCGAGCAGAGUUUUAAGCCUCUGAUUAUAUCAGGUUUGCUUCCAUUCGCGUUGGCCAAAGCCGGCCUCCUUGCCCAGCCCAGGGGCAGUGCCGGAAGCGCUUUCCCACAGGUGUGGCUAGAGAGAAGAGUGAAAUGUAGGAACCAUUAAUGCAUGAACUGCUGUGGCCAUGAAACAAAAGUUACUGUGUAUCAUGGUCUUUACGAAAUUACUGUACGGGAACCCGUUCAUGUGGUCCAAAACAAAAAAAUCUCACCUCUGUCCUCCCCACCCCUGUCUACCAAGUUUCCCUGCCUAGAGGCGACCAUUCUUAACAUGCCAGUAUCUUUCCAGCAUAUCCUAUGCAUAUAUAAGCAAAUAUUUAUGUGGACAUUUGUUUAUAUGCAUAAACAUGCUAAAAAGAUACAUACCUUUCUGCACAAAUAGCAUAGGCCACACAGUUUCCCAUCUUGCCUUUAUUCGUCAUCAUAUUCUAAGGGACUUACAUCAUUAGACAAGCAGGAUGGAUGUUAGCAUUUCACCAAGUUUAGCCUAAGAAUGUUAGGUUUGGAAUUAACUUGUGAUUGUUCUGAUCUCACCGUGUCUUGUUUGCCUCCAGAAGAAAAAGUCACUGAAAGUACCCUUCAGUUCUGAGCUCAGAUGCCUUUAUUACAAGGUUGGCCAACAGACUGACUGGUGUCGUGGGGCAGCACCUCCCACCUUAUGUUGUUAAAAAAAAAACAUGGUAAAAAAUUUUUGUUACCAGAUUUUUCAAUUAUAUGGAAAAGUAAGAAGUAUAGUAAAUGCCCAUAUUCCCACCCAGAUUCAAUGCCUUUUAAAAAAAUAUAAAGGUACAAUACCUAGAAAGGCUUUUACUAAAAUUUAUCAUGUUUCAUGAUAUGAAUAUAUUUGCUUUUAAAAUAAGUCAUGAAAACAUGACUAUUUGUAUGACUUUCUGGUCUAUUUUAAAGUAAAUGACAGAUGUGAUCUCACUUCACCGCUAAACACCUGAAUUGCAUCUCUACAAAAAAAAAAAGUGUCUUCCAUACAACCACAGUAUCACAGCACCUAAUGACAGUAGUAAUUUCUUAGUAUCAUCCAGUGUCUAAUCCAGUGUCAGGUUUCCCUGGCCUUAAAGAAGCUUUUUAAAAGUGAUGUGAUUUGUCAGAAAAUAAUGUCAAGGUUUGAAAGCACUCAGAUCUUCAUGUGUAUGUUGAAUGUGUGUAACUGGGGGGAGGGGAAGCUGGCAGGGAGACACAGACACGUAAACACGUGAGAACAGACCGACUCCCUGCCCACCAGCUUCCUCCGCUGCAGUCCUACCAGGGAGGGCGGUGAGGGGCCUGGGAGGACGGCAUCUGUGUGCCUUUCUCCCUCUGACCCAGCGCCCGCACACUGGUUCCUUGCUAUGACCCCAGCUUUGCCCAGCCCACGCCUCAGCACGUAGGUCCACAGGGAGUGCCAAGUGGCCGAAUAGUUGCACAUCCCUGCACCAGCCCUGGAGUCAGUCAGGCACAACAGAACUGGUUCCUCCCCAUGCCCCAGACCUGUCCCAGCUCAGGCCUCAGCACACAGUAGGGCCUCAAGAAGUACCGAGUGACUGAAUGGA